AUGGCCCCUCCUAAACGCACUCGCGGGCUCCUUGCCUGCUUCAACGGCCGCCUCAUCUAUGCUUGUGGCAUGAUUGCCCUGUCGCAGCUCAACUUCGGCAUGGACCAAGCAGCCUUCAGCAACACUCAAGCAAUGCCUUUCUUCAAGAGACAGUUCGGAACCUUUGAUGAAGCCACUGGUACAUACGUUCUCGAGACUGUCUUCCUGUCCCUCUUGAACAGUAUCCAAUUCAUUGGCUUUGUGUUUGGUCUCGUUCUUGGUAACCUCUUCAGCCGUCGCUUUGGCCGCCGUCUGGCAAUGUUUGUCAUGUGUUUCUGGGCUUUGAUAUCCGGAGUCAUCUUGAUUACGUCCAAGACCCCAACUCAAGCAAUCACUGGUCGUACUAUUACAUAUGUCUACAUCGGAAUGGAGCUCGCCUUGGUUCCUGUUUUACAGUCAGAGCUUGUUCCUGCAGAGGCUCGCGGCUUUGUCGUUGGUACUUAUCAGUCUGGUCUUUUGUUUGGUAGCCUUAUCAUGUCUAUUAUCUGCAGAGGGACCAGCGACAUUAAGGGGCAUGCUUCCUGGAGGAUCCCCUAUGGCCUCUUCUUCGUGAUUCCUUCUAUCCUCGCAGUAGCUGUGUGGUGGAUCCCUGAGUCUCCUCGUUGGCUAUUGACCCGAGAUCGCCAGGAGGAUGCUCUCAAGUCCCUCCGACUACUUCGACAAGGGGCAUACACCGACGAAGAGAUCGAGCACGAAUUUCAAGAGAUGCAGAAUGCCCCUGAUAACACUGUUAAGAAGGGCAGUUUCAUGGACAUGUGGCGAGGGACGAAUCUCAAACGAACUUUGAUCACAAUCGGCGUCAACAUCUUUCUUCAACUCACGGGUCAGAACUUUGCUUCCAAAUAUGGCACAAUUUUUAUCCAGAGUCUGAACUCGGUGAACCCUUUUGUUAUGUCGUGCAUCAACUCUGCGCUCAACAUUGUUGCCGUCUUCUUGACGCAGUUCUUGUCUGAUAAGACAGGCCGAGUGUUAGUAUUGCCUGAUCCCUUGAUGAUAGCCGGAGCUGUUCUUCAGACAGCCAGUCUUAUGACCAUGGGUGGGCUCGGAACUGUCAAGAAUCCCUCGCAGAGCAUUCGGUCUUCCAUCGUUGCGACCGUCACUCUCUUCGGCAUCGGAUUUUCCCUAGGAUGGGCACCUCUCUCACACGUUGUAGCCGCAGAGAUCCCCAUGACCGGUCUACGCGAUCUCACAUAUGCUGUGGGCGCGGUCUUCAACAUUGUAAUUCAAUGGGCUGUUGCUUUCAGCAUCCCCUACCUCAUUGACCAAUCGCAUGCUGCCCUUGGGUCUAAAGUCGGUUUCAUAUUCGGAGUGACUUCGUUCAUGGCGACAUUAUUCUCGUGGUUCUGUAUUCCUGAGUGUGGAGGUAAGACAUUGGAAGAAAUUGAUGAGCUGUUCGCUCGGGGAGUUCCUAUUCGCAAGUUCCGCACAUUCAAGGUUUCAUUGGAUGCAGAAGCUUCAGAUGGUGGUGAUGAUCUCGCGAAACCCGGCAAAGGCAAUGUGUCACAGAAUACGCAUAGUCUUUAG